AUGGCAAAAGGAAAGAAUAAGAGCUUGGAAGAUCGAGGUGGUAGACCUAGUAAAGGAUCCAAUGGUCACAGCUCGAGACAGAAUCAUCGGCACAUGGAGUUAAAGCGCAAUGGAAAUAUAGAGACAAAAUUUCCAGUUAAACUAGCCAUGUGGGACUUUGACCACUGCGAUCCAAAAAAAUGCAGUGGUAAAAAGCUCGAAAGGUUAGGAAUGAUUAAAUCACUACGAGUAGGUGAAAAAUUUCAAGGCAUAGUUGUCUCACCGAAUGGAACUGACGUCGUAUGCCCCGAUGACAAGGAGAUCGUCGAAAAGCACGGCGCAUCUGUCGUAGAGUGUUCCUGGGCAAGACUAGAUGAAGUUCCCUUCAACAAAAUUGGUGGCAGACAUGAACGUCUAUUACCCUAUCUGGUUGCUGCAAAUCAAGUCAACUAUGGUAGGCCGUGGAAACUAAACUGUGUCGAGGCAUUGGCAGCUUGCUUUGCAAUUGUUGGCAGAGUGGAUUGGGCAUCUGAACUACUUUCACAUUUUUCCUGGGGCCCGGUAUUUCUGGAACUCAAUAAAGAUCUAUUGGAAAUCUAUCAGAAGUGCACGAAUUCGACGUCCGUGAAAGAAGCAGAAGCAUCAUGGCUCGAAAAGCUGGAACUUGAAAUUCAAGAGCGCAAAGCUCAGUCGAAAGACGAGGACAUCUGGCUGACAGGGAAUGUUAAUAGACAGAUGAACCAGCUUUAUAUAUCUGACGACGAGAAGGAAGGAGAAGAAGAGGACGAAUUGUCUGACAAGUCGAAGAGUAUUCACUACGAUUCCUUGGGAAACGUCAUAAAUCUCAAUAGUGAAGACGACGGAUCGAACCAUGAACAGCUGGAAAAUGUCAAAUACGAUUUGCUUGGUAACAUUAUAUAA